AAUAAGAUAUAAUUAUCUAUAAUCCAUAACUUUAUAAUAUCAUUAAUUGAAACCACCAAAUUUAAAUUACCAUUGACUAUUAAAUAUUUUAAUAUUAAUGAUAUAAUAUAUUUCUUGUUUAUACUAAACAAUGGAGAGCAACCGAGAUGAGGCAUCCCGCUGCAUUGAGUUGGCUAGGUUAUACAUAAAAAAAAAGGAUUUGGAUAAUGCUUGGAAAUUUUCAACUAAAGCUAACAAAAUGUAUCCAACAUCUGAAACAAAACGUCUACUCAAAAAAUUAAAAUCAACAAUAAAACACUCGAAGAAACGGUCAAAGAAACAAUAUCAAUCAGAUCAUUCUGAUUCAUCUUAUAAUGGUGAUAAUUCCAAUUCAUCUUCCAGUAGUGACUAUAAUACUAAACAACAAAAAAAGUCAAAAAAAGGCCACAAAUCAAGUACUACUUAUUCUUAUAAGAUGUUUAAAGAAAUAAAUAAAGAUGAAUCUUUUAAGUGUCUUGAAAAAGCAGAGCAGUACAUACAAAGCAAACAAUUUGAGUUAGCAGAAAAGUUUAUUCUCAAAUCAAAAAAGCUUUUUUUAAUACCCAGAGCUGAUGAACUCUUAAAACAGCUUCAAGAAACUAAAGAUACCACUAAGGCUGAUUACACAGAAGAACAGGCAAAUGUUGUUAAAAAAGUGAAAAAUAGUCAAAAUUACUAUACAAUGUUAAACAUUAAUACUACAGCAACUAUUCCUGAAAUAAAAAAAGCAUAUAAGAAAUUAGCUUUGUUAUUACAUCCAGAUAAAAAUCCUGCACCUGGUUCAGGAGAAGUUUUUAUAGAUGUUACUAAUGCUGUUGAUACAUUAUGUGAUUAUUCAAAACGUAAAAUAUAUGACCAAACUUUAAAAAAACCUUCUACUUCUACAUCUACAAACUAUUCUCAAAGUUCCUACCGACAUCAACCUCAUCAUCAUACAGGAUUUAGUGGAAAUCAACACCCAUAUAGAUUCUAUCAAACAUAUGAUUCCUCCGACUGUGAUGAUGACUAUUUUACUGAAACCGAGUAUUUCAAUAGCUAUGAUUUUUAUGAUUCAUUUGAUUAUUAAUUAAUAAUUUAUAAAAUAAAUAAUUGUAUAUUUUUUUUGUCUUGAAACU